GCAUACUGUUGCGUUGAGUUGAAGUUCUCCUUCUGUUUCGGUCUGAUGGAACGCUUAUAACUUUCUUCCACUUUCUUAAUCUUCUUCUUUCUUCUUUCUCUCUUAUUUUCUCAGGGGAUGGAUCUGUCAAAAUCGUGGCUUGAUUUCUUGAUGCUUCGCGGCUAGUCUUCAACGGCGGAGCUGUGAGAUGAUUGAAAUUCAUUGAUGAGGUUUAAUCAUCCAUGCAAGGAAUAGCUGUCUCCAAGCCAAUGCCAAUUUCAUAUUUCUCUCUUUCUUUCUUUGGCAUGUUUCUCAACACAUUAUUAACUGUUGGUGAUUGAGUAUUCUCCAAAACUCUGUGCAUCUUCAGUUAAUGAAACAUCACCUCAAAAUUAUUGAUAAAAAGUGUUCCAUUAAAGAUGAAGAAGUUUUCUGGAGGUCUCAUUUUAGUAUCCUUGUUUGUGUUACUGCUUCUGAGAUAUGGAAUGUUGGAAAAUCCAUUAGCAGAAAUGUCUCUUCGUAGUCCUUUCUCUCAAAACAAUUCUCAACAUUUGCAUUGGGUGGCUACUGGAGUAGAUGAACCAGUAGUUCCAAAUCCGAAGAAUGAGUCGGAAAUAAUUUCAACUGGUUCCUUAAUGUCCCAUCUUCCCAUACCGCAGAACCUUUCCGCUGAAGAACUACGGUCUCUUCAGACAUGGAAAAAUAUGAUUCACCUGGUUAAUCAUUCCGAAGGCCUUCCUCAGGCAGUUGAGGCUGUCAAAGAAGCUGUAACUGCAUGGGAAGGUCUCAUGGCAUCCAUUGAAGACGAAAGGCUAUCUAGAUCUGGAAAUGGAAGUAAAAGCAAAAAGCUAAAAGAAAAACAGUGCCCCUAUUCUGUCAUAAGGAUGAAUGCUUCAGAGUUUUCUGAUGGGGAUUUUAGGUUCAAGAUUCCUUGUGGACUAGUUCAGGGCUCAUCCUUGACUGUCGUUGGUACUCCUGAAGGGCUUCUGGGAAAUUUCAAGAUUGAUUUGGUGGGUACAGCUCUUCCAGGUGAACAAGAUCCUCCCAUAAUCCUGCAUUACAAUGUUCGGCUUCAUGGCGAUAAAAUUACAGAAAAUCCAGUUAUUGUUCAAAAUACGUGGACUUUAGCUAAUGACUGGGGUCCAGAAGAGCGCUGCCCUUCGCCAAAUCCUGAUAAUAAUAAGAAAGUGGAUGAUUUAAAUCAGUGCAGUAAAGUGGUCGGUGAAGAUGACAAUCAAAUCUUUGCUUCAAAACUAUCUUCCAAUGCUUCAACACAGAACCUUUCGAAAGGCGAAGGUGCUAAACAUAGGAGAUAUUUUCCUUUCAAGCAAGGAUACCUUGCUAUUUCUACACUGAGAAUAGGGUCUGAAGGGAUACAGAUGAGCGUCAAUGGGAAGCAUAUAUCCUCUUUUGCUUUCCGUGAGGCCUUGGAGCCUUGGCUUGUUAAUGAAGUAAGGAUUUUGGGAGACAUUAAAUUGUUAUCAAUCCUUGCUAGCGGCUUACCCACUUCUGAGGAUUCUGAGCAUGUCAUUGACUUGGAAUUACUCAAGUCUGCUCCUUUACCUAUUCAUAAAGGCGUUGAUCUGUUCGUUGGUGUAUUUUCUACUGCUAACAAUUUUAAACAGAGAAUGGCUGUUAGGAGAACUUGGAUGCAAUAUCCUGAUGUUCGUUCCGGUGUUGCUGCUGUGCGCUUUUUUGUUGGUCUGCACAAAAACCAACUUGUGAAUGAAGAACUAUGGAAUGAGGCAAGGACUUAUGGAGACAUCCAGUUGAUGCCUUUUGUGGAUUACUAUAGCUUGAUUACCUUGAAGACUGUAGCCAUCUGCAUCUAUGGGACAAACAUAGUAUCAGCUAAGUAUGUUAUGAAGACAGAUGAUGAUGCUUUUGUCAGAAUAGAUGAGGUGCUUGCUUCCUUAAAUAGGACAAAUGUGAUCCAUGGAUUGCUGUAUGGGCGGAUCACCAAAGACGAUAUACCGAACCGAAACCCUGACAGCAAGUGGUAUAUAAGCGUCGAGGAAUGGCCUGGUCAAAGGUAUCCUCCUUGGGCACAUGGACCUGGCUAUGUGGUCUCCCAAGACAUAGCUAAUGCAGUCUACACUCAACAUGAAAAGGGCCAAUUAAAGAUGUUCAAACUGGAGGAUGUGGCAAUGGGCAUAUGGACAGAUGAUAUGAAGAAUUUAGGAAUGGAUGUUAAAUAUGUUAAUGAUGGGAGGAUUCUUAUUGAAGGAUGUGAAGAAGGUUACCUUGUUGCCCAUUACCAGCAACCCAGGCAGAUGCUUUGCUUGUGGCAGAAACUCCAGGACACGAACCGAGCGAAAUGCUGCGGCGACUGAAAGCAUUCUUACAUUGUUCAGAGUCUACGAUGGCUUAUUUGUAUACUAACAAGCCGAAGAGCCUCGCCAUCGAGCUUUCUCAUCUUCGUGGCAUCUGUAUACUAACAGUCAGGAGAGACUGACCACAAUUCAACUUUGGAGUCCGGCCACGAAUCGAUUGUGAUGGCAGAUGGACUCGAGCUAACUGGUUCUUUUUGUUUACCAUUUGGUAGUUAUUUUUUGUUUGGGUUGAAGCAGUAGAUUUAUAGAGUUUAUGUUCAGAGUUUUGAUGAUUAGGCUUACUGAUAUAGAUACUGGAAAGCAACUAUGUAGUUGUUGGUGAGGGGCUGUUCAUGCCAGAGGGGUUUCUUGCCUUGUUAUGAUAGUUUUUAUAUAGGAAGUGGAAUGAUAUUUAUCUAUGAUAUGUGCAAACUCCACUUUUAUUUAUUUAUUUAUUUAUGUUAUUCUAUUUAUUUGAGUUCAAAUAAUA